AUGAAGUUCUCCGCCGUUCUCAUCGCUGCUUCGCUUGCCGUCGCUGUCUCCGCCGCUCCUACCUCCUACAGGGGCUCGUACGGUAUUGCCAACGGCAACGCCAACGGCAACGCCAACUCUGCCAGCUGGUCGGGUAACGACAACGGCAACGGCAACAAGGGUUACGGCAACGGCAACGGCAACGGCAACCUGAACUACUGGGGCACGAACCUCGGCAACGACAACGGUAACGGCAACAAGGGUGCUCUCAACGGCAACGCCAACGGUAACCUGAACUCGGGAUACAACGCCGGUAACGAGAACGGCAACGGCAACAAGGGUGUCGGUAACGGUAACGGCAACGGUAACGCCAACACUGGUGGUUCCCUCAACAGCUGGUACGAUGGCACUACCGGAAGCGGUAACGGUAACGGCAACAAGGGUUACGGCAACGGUAACAUCAACGGUAACGGCAACACUGCCUCGUUCUCGGGUAACGACAACGGCAACGGCAACACCGGCGCCCUCAACGGCAACCUCAACGGCAACGGCAACACCGGUGUCGGCAGCGGCAACGGCAACGGCAACGGCAACCACUGA